AUGAGUAAAGAAGAGAAACCUUCACACAAGUGUGUGUACAAUGAGCUCCGUCUGACGGGGGAACUUUGUGACGCCGUCGUCAAGGUCCAGGACGUUGAAUUUCAGGUCCAUAAAGUCGUCCUGUGUAACUGUUCCCCAUAUUUUAGGGCUCUCUUCUCUUCUCGCUGGUCUAACCCGGACAAGAAGAUCUUUAACAUUCCCAACGUGUCUCCUGACACGAUGCAGCUCCUCCUCGAGCACGCUUACACCGGCUCCGUCUCCGUCACAGAGGACAACGUGCUGGACCUUCUGAUCGCUGCCGAUCAGUUCAACGUAGACGACGUCAUACGUCUUUGCUGCAGUUUCCUGGAGGAGCAAAUGUGCCCUGAAAACUGUAUUGGCAUUUGGCAUUUAACCCACACCUACUUCUACCCCGAACUGCGCUCCAAGGCGUUCCACUACAUCACGGAGCACUUUGAGGAGGUUGCACGCUGUGAAGAGUUCCUGCAGAUCCCCGUGGAGGAGCUCACGGACAUCAUUGAAAAAGACCAAGUGAACGUAAAACAGGAGAGUUGUGUGUUUGAGGCCGUCGUUAGGUGGAUUAACCAUUCACCCAAUGAACGGGAGAAACUCAUUGUUGCUCUCUUACCGAAGGUGCGACUGCUUCUGUUGGAUAUGGAGUAUUUUCAGAUGAAAGUGCUCACCAGUGAGGUGGUGAAGAGGAACCCUGAAUGCUACUCCAGGAUCCUUGAUUUUCCAGUGAUUUUCCGGCCUCGCAUGCCCAGGUCCGUUCUGCUGGCCAUGGGGGGAUGGAGCUUUGGAGAUCCAACCAACAGCAUCGAGGCCUAUGAUAUCCGGACUGACCAAUGGACAAAUGUGCCGAACGAUGCUGGCCGUCCUCGUGCCUAUCACGGCACUGCGUUCCUCAACGGGUACGUGUACUUUAUUGGGGGUUUUGACCGACGGAGCUAUUUCAACAGUGUGUGCAGGUGGGACCCAACAACACACACGUGGCAGGAAGUGGCACCGAUGUACUAUCGCCGCUGCUACGUAAGUGUGACGGUACUAAACGGGUGCAUAUACGCUAUUGGAGGCUACGACGGGCACACUCGGCUCAGCACUGCAGAGUACUACGAACCCCAGACCAACCAGUGGACUCGUAUUGCAGCGAUGCACGAGCAGAGGAGUGACGCCAGCUGCACAACGUUACACAACAAGAUCUAUAUUUGUGGUGGAUUCAACGGGCAACAGUGCCUGGAAACAGCUGAAUACUACGAUCCACAGACUAUGCAGUGGACAUUGAUCUCACCAAUGACUAGUCGGCGCAGUGGAGUCGGGGUGGUUACGUACGGAGAUAAAGUCUAUGCAGUUGGAGGGUUUGAUGGUAACAACCGUCUCCGCUCUGCUGAGUGCUACAACCCAGGAACCAACACGUGGAACAACGUUGCGUCCAUGACAACCACCCGCAGCAACUUUGGCAUGGCAGUCAUGGAAGACCUGCUCUUCGUUGUGGGGGGUUUCGACGGCUCCACCACCAUCUGUGAUGUGGAGAACUACAACAGAGAGACAGAUGAGUGGCGCGAGGUCUGGGAUAUGGAUGUCUUCCGGAGCGCCCUGAGCUGCUGCGUUGUGUUUGGACUCCCCAACAUGGCUGAUUAUGUUCCCCCCCCUCGUCACCCCCGGAGAGACUCUGCCUCCUCCUGA